UUUGGUUUGUUCUCAUAGUUUUUAAGUGGGUUCUAUAUAAAUUUUGAUUGCUACGUUGGUUGAUCCGGUACUCUAGUAAUUCUUAUAUGCGUGUUGUUUUACUUGUUGCUAGGGAGGUUUUGAUGUGGAAUUUGUAAAAAUACAAACAUAAUAGAGAAUGUCGACGCCCCAUCUUAGUUGGUCCUUCCUAAUCCUCAACUUACUCAUCUUUCAUUUUCCAUUAAGAACCUCAGCAAUCAGGAAGGAUAUUGGAUUAGGAAAACGUAUUUGCAGGAAUACGGUUCAAGGAAGAUACUCACUGUCCGAUGACAAUGGCUAUGUUUGUGAUGCUCUAUCAGUGGAUUCAGAAUCUCGCUGCUGUCCUGAAAUAGGAGACAAAUUUUCUUGUCAUGGAUGCAACCUUCUUUCACAGUGUUGCAAUUCUUAUGAAUAUUGUGUGUCUUGCUGCUUAAAUCCAUCAAAGACGAUGAAGCACAGUAUCAUAAAGAUGAAGAUUGCAAAGCCAGCUACUGCAGGAACUUAUGCAAAUGUCUUCGACUUUUGUGCUGGGAGGUGCCGUCAUAAUUCUGAGAGUGUGGUUCAUGAAAAUGCAUACAUCAGCGAUUUUCAUCACUGUUUCUCCACGACAUCAAAGUCUUCAGGGGCAAAUUCUACAAUGCUAGAAGCCAGACUUAAUGGCAUUGAUGUUGUUGUUGGAAGGCAAGGUGAGUCAUGUGAUUCAGUUUGCAAGUCAAAUGGACAAUCAUGUGUUCCAAAUAAGCUUUUGGUGCUUAAUCAAUGUGACAUUAUGCAGAAAUACAUGCGAUGCAAAGGAGCUUGUUUGUCAAGCAUGGGAUCCGAUCAACCUGCUGAAGUUGUUGAUAAUGCCCCUAAACAUUUGAAUCCUGGAGCAUGUUUGUACACCCGGACGCAGUCCAUGCUUUCAUGUGAUGGUUCUCAUCAGCAUACCAGGAGGUUGUGCCCUUGUGCAUAGUGUGCAUUUAAUUGAUUCAUGUAUGUUCAUAUUGGCUGCUGUCUGCAGUUUUUCUAAUGCUGUUUGUGAAGGUAUUGAAUGUUUCGAAAAGUUUUGAAGGCCCCCACAACUAGAUGAAAUUGAGAAUCACACUAUUGUCCAGUGGUCAAGUUUUGAAAUUUCAUUCCAUGCAUACGUUUAAAUAUUUUUGGUUAGUCGGAAACAAAACACAAUGGUUAUUUCAGGCACUAUACUCCAGAGAUUAUAAUCUUUGCUUUGUAAUUUCAACCAAAAAAAAGUUGGCAAUCUUGACGGAAAUUCUGUAUAUACUAGGAAACAUCAGUACCACUCUUGGGCAUUUCUUAUGAAUGAUGUUAAUAAUCGUAACUGAUGGAAUUUGUGUAUCAUUUCCUUCUAAUAGCAACUUCUAUUGAUAAAUUUUUAACCAAAA